GGAUAAACAGCCACGAGAAAAAAGCCAUUUCGGUGUGGUUUUUUAUUUUGUCUAUGGUUUCGUAGUAUAUUUUAUUAUUGUCUUAUGGCAACUUCGGGAUCAUAUGAUUGUUCAAUGAAGAAGUACGACUGAUAGGCGUCGACUUUCUUCUUUGGGCCAGUUUUUAAUUCUCUGGCUCAUUAUCGGUUGUUUUUCGUGUUAGUGGUGUUUAAAUAUUAACUAUCAGCCAUGGCGCUCAGCGAUGCAGAUGUUCAAAAGCAGAUCAAGCAUAUGAUGGCCUUCAUCGAACAAGAGGCUAAUGAAAAGGCCGAGGAAAUCGAUGCAAAGGCCGAAGAGGAGUUCAACAUUGAAAAAGGCCGCCUGGUGCAGCAGCAGCGGCUCAAGAUCAUGGAAUACUACGAAAAGAAAGAGAAACAAGUGGAACUCCAGAAAAAGAUCCAAUCUUCGAACAUGCUGAAUCAAGCCCGUCUGAAGGUGCUCAAAGUGCGUGAGGACCACGUACGCAACGUUCUCGACGAGGCUCGCAAGCGCCUGGCUGAGGUGCCCAAAGACGUGAAACUUUACACAGAUCUGCUGGUCACGCUCGUCGUACAAGCCCUAUUCCAGCUCAUGGAACCCACAGUAACAGUUCGCGUUAGGCAGGCGGACGUCUCCUUAGUACAGUCCAUAUUGGGCAAGGCACAGCAGGAUUACAAAGCAAAGAUCAAGAAGGACGUUCAAUUGAAGAUCGACACCGAGAAUUCCCUGCCCGCCGAUACUUGUGGCGGAGUGGAACUUAUUGCUGCUAGAGGGCGUAUUAAGAUCAGCAACACUCUGGAGUCUCGUCUGGAGCUGAUAGCCCAACAACUGUUGCCCGAAAUACGUACCGCAUUGUUCGGCCGCAACCCCAACCGUAAAUUCACUGAUUAAACACACUUGUUACAACUAACAUAACUAUUAUUAUUAUUAUAUAAACAAAAAAACGUAUUUAGUAGACUACAAUAAUGUAAUAAUAAGUGUUUUCCUUUGCCUAAUAAUUAAAUAUAUAAAACUAUAAUAAUAAUGCGUACAAUAUUUUAUCGCUGUUUAGAAUGUUAACUGACGAAUACCCCGAUAAGUCGCCAGAAAAUGUAUACCCCCCCCCUUUUUAAAUGUAUUAUCAUGUAACUUACUGAUUUCUCUAGUAUUUAAAUAAUCUACUGUGAACUGUACAUUGGUUUCGCUAACGGAUGUUAUUAUUCUGCCGCUUUUCUGUUUAUUUGAUGAUAAUGAAAUAUUUUAUUAUUACAUACAAUUCAUUCGUAACGAUGUUGUUCUUCUAUGUAUUUUUAGAUGAUGUAGUUUAUAGGGUUUUGGAAAAGAUUUUAAUUAAGAUGAUGUUACCAUUUACUAAGUACGUAAUGCAAUUAUAGAUUUCGGAUUGUCUAUACACUGUAACAGGUAUAAAUUAUAGCGCACCAUGUUUUCAGUAUUACCCCCACACACAAAAAAGACGGUAAAUCUUCGAUACUAUGUGUAAACCUGUGUAUUGUAUUGCUGUAUACCUUAUUGUUGGAUGUUAAUUUUUGCUUCACACGCUGAACUGUAUUGGGAAUAUAUUGUAGGCUGGAAAUUCGUGAUAUGACAGCAGCAUCCCACGCUGUUCUCACUUAAAUCGAGGCAAAGAUUUGACUGAGCGCAGUGUGGUGUUAAAUCGCAAAUUUUCAGCCGACCAACACAUUCCUGCUUUUGUGUUAUAUUUCUAUAAAGUCCUGGCAAUGUAAUAUUUUGGCUUGCUUCAUUUACAGUGCACCAUAGCUCAUUAUAGGAUACGAUGUGUAACUCCCACUAUGGCACUGUUGAAAAUUCUUAUGUAAAUAUAUAGAUGUGUUAAAAA